CCGGGCGAAAUGGUUAGAAACGCGCUGCUCCUGUUGGCCUGUGUGCUGCUCUUUGCCCUUGGUGGUGCCCACCGGGAACUGGAGAACCUGCUGCGGAAGCAACAGGUGGACUUGCAGUUGUCCAGCGAGGAAGUGGCGGCACUGCGUCCACUGUACUUGGAGUUCCAGGCCCAGUACGACUAUUUGUACAGCCUGAAGCUGCAAAACAGCGAUGCAAGUAAUCAGAAUCCCGCAGAGGAGCCUGAGUUAGAUGGUAACUACCUGCAGGCCUUCGAGGACUUUCGCAGCAAGUUCUCCAUUUACCUGGAUGAGAAGCCCCGAGUGGUGUAUGACACUAGGCUGCCAACUGUAGAGGAUAUCAUGGGGGAACCCAGUCCCGAUUUGAGCCCGGAAAAGAGGGCGGAAUACGAGGACCUCAGGGACAUUAUUCAGGAUGUCAUUGACGAGGCGCAGCUUGGCAUAGACGACAUGGUGGAGCGGGCCAUCCAGCUGGAGACGAAUCUGCUGGCGCUCAAUAAGCCGAAGAUUGUGACGGCCGCCAUCGCCGGGUUGGGAUACAUGUGGAACUACUGGGGGCGUGGAAGUCAGGCCGCCUACUGCAGCUACUCCCAGGUGCCGGAGUUCCAGAUAGCCCUGCAGGCCAUCAACGACGGCGUCGAUUGCUACUCCCGCACCAUGGCCCUGGUCCUGCGCAUCCAGAACGAGACGGUGGCCGCCGUCAAGGAGGUCAAGAGCAAUGUCAGCAGCCUGGUGAAGAUCUACAAGAAGAUCGCCGCCAAGCAGACGACCCUGGGCAAGAUCCUCUCGGGCACCGUGAACGCUCUCAGUGCCAUCCGUCGGGUUCACGACAUCAUAGCCGUUGGCAUCGAUGUCUAUGCCAAGAUUAACAACAAACUGCCGGGAGAGGCUCUCCAAUCCGCGCAAUGCGGCGUGGUAUUCGUCAACAGCAUCCCCCAAAUGGUGGAGACUGCCCAGAACCUGACGACGUGCAUCACCUAUGUGAAUCCGGAUAGCAUAGACUACGAGUUCACGCACCCUGAGGAAGAUCGCUACUGGAACACCGGUGCUGAGCCCCCGGAAAUUCCCCACGAAAACGUGGUGGACGAGGAUGACGACGAUGUGGACUACCGGGAUCUGGACGACUAUGAGGAUCAUAGAUAAGCAUGUGGAAUUUCCACCGGUUGAUAAGGGAAGUUAAUCUUAAUAAUAAAACCCCAGAUAAUAUUAACAA